AGCCACCGAGUCACUGCCUAGCGCAUGCGCACUGGACGCUGAAUGCAUCAACUCUUUCUUUCCACGCGUGUCUGUGGAUUUACGCUCUAGUUAAGUGAGUCUUAGGCAGGAGUUGUGGAAAUAUAAGUGGUGUUGUUGAUCGGCAUGGGAGGACAGGCGAAGGGAAAAAGGACAAAUAAACCGAAGAGGAAAGAGAACCGCCCAAACAGGGAUGCAGGGUUUGUCGGAUUGUCGCCUCAGGAGAGGGUGAAACUAAGAAUGCACGAAAAAGCCAAGAAGAAGUCUGCUGAGAAGUACUCGGUGCAGCAACUACUGGAGAAGACAGAGGAAUGCAUGGACAGUUUUGACUUUGAGAUGGCUGUCCUUUUCUGUCAACGAGCCCUGGAUGUGGAGUCCACCAACCUGCAAGCACUAGAUAUGCUGGGACACAUCUACUCAGAACUAGGAGACACACUUAAAGCUAAGGGAGCUUUUCUGCGUGCAGUGGAGCUGAGCCCUGAGGAAGGCCACAAUAAGUACAUGUACCUGGGACAGAUCCACACGGGUCAGGAGGCUGUGGACUUCUACACUAGAGGAAUACAGGUCCUACUGUCUGCAUUGGACAAACAGGCGCAGAACACACAGGCUGGAGCUGCUGCCCCACUGGAUGAGGACGCCCAGCUCCCAACAGCAAAGGAUGUCAGUGUAGCCUACUGCUCCAUCGCUGAGAUUUACCUAACAGACUUCUGCAUGGAGGAGGGAGCCGCAGACAAGUGCAAAGAGUUUAUCGAGAGGGCAUUACAGUAUCACCAUGACAACCCCGAGGCUCUACAGCUCAUGGCCAGUUACUUGUUCAGUACAGAGAGAAACCAGGAAGGCAGAGAAUACCUGUUGAAGAGCGUCGCAUUGUGGCUUCCUGCUCAGAAACAGAGUGUAGCUCCUCCCAGCACAGAGGAAGGCAUGCAGAGUGAGGUCCCUCCAUACGAGUCUCGCAUCACCACAGCCAAACUACUUAUCGAGUCCGAGGAAUACGAGAUGGCGGUGGAUGUGUUGGAGGGUCUACUCGAGGAGGAUGAUGAGGUCGUCCAGGUGUGGUAUCUCUCUGGCUGGGUGUGCUACCUCCAGUUUGAAAAAGCAAAGGAGCAGCAAGAAAGAGAGGGAAGGGAAGUGACGGAGGAGGAGACGGAGGAGUGGAAGGCGCUGAAGGAGGCAGCCAGGUCGUACCUGACCAACGCUAAGAAGCUCUACAGUAAGCUGCGAUGUGAUGACCAGCCGAUUAUGGAGCACGUGGAGCAGCUGCUUGGCGAGCUGGGAGGAGUUAUGGAGGGAGAGGAGGAAGACCCGACCUUGGAUGAAGACUAUGAACCCUGUAGUGAUGAGGAGGAGGACGAUGCAGAGGCGCCCAUGGAUCACUGACCACACCCGCUCCACUUGUACUGUGUGAUUUCACUUAUCGCCAUCUUGCUUCCCCUCCAGUUUCGAUGUUAUCCUGUUCUCUCUAAAGUGCCUUUUUACUGGUUUUCCUUUCACACCCAUUUAUCAGUGAUGAAAUUUGAAGAUGAAAAUUGCAGUCAAAGUAAGAUGCACAAAAAAGAGUGUCAUUAAAAGCUGCAGUGUACUCCA